CCUAAAUCUCUUCAUACAGGUCACUCAGAACAUAAGUAGCUGAAGCAAUGAUCGUACCUCAAGACACAAGCAAGCGCCUCACGGCGUUCGUAAACUUCCCCUCGCAGUACACCCAAAACCUCCUACUCUCCGCUCUCACAUCGACCCUCCCAUCACUAGCGAUAACGACCCACCCAGCCGAAUCCACCGAAGAAUGCCCUCAACUUCAAUGGGCAGACUACGAUCUGCUAUACAUUGACGAUAUCAUGUCACAUCCUCAAGAUCGCCUGAUCUCGAGCUACAUCUACCGGAAGACGUUGAUCAGGAAGCACAUGCUACAUAACUCUAUACAGGAAUACCUGGCUAAACAGCGUCAUCGGGGCGUUCCUAGUCUUUUGGAGAAGAGCAUACCGAGAGGAUGGGUCAUUGAUAUUCAGUUUGCGGACGAGUUGGACGAGUUGAUGAUGGAUGAGCUGUAUGACUUGAAGGAUGAUCUGGAUGCGAAUUUAGAGGUCGAGGAUGUUUCGAAACGCAAAUGGUUCAUACUCAAACCUGGAAUGUCGGAUAAAGCACAAGGAAUCCGGAUGUUCUCGACCGAAGAAGAGCUGGUAUCCAUCUUCGAAGGCUUCGAACCAGAAAUUGACGACGAAGAAGAUGAAGAUAGCGACGACGAGAACGAAGCAGAGAACGCCGAAGAAGAAGGCCUUACGGAGGAAGAACGUCAACGGAUAGAGAAACUGGCCAUACAAGAUUUCCCCGACGACGAGCCUUUCGAACCAGAACCGACCACACCAAUGGGGAAGACGGAUUCCGGAUCGGAUGAUGAUGAUCUGGAUACGGGCGUACAGACCUCUCAGCUUCGACAUUUCGUCAUCCAGGAAUACGUCCCAAGACCACUGUUGAUUGACCCGAGAGAAGGUCAUUCGAGCUCAUCACAAGCAUUGGAAGGCCACAAAUUCCACCUUCGAGCCUACGUGAUGAUGAGCGGGACGUACAAGCUAUACCUGGCACGGACCAUGCUGGCGCUCUUUUCGGACAAGAAGUUUGCCUUUUCUUCGAAGUCUACUGAGGAGGACGAGAGCGAGUUGGACCUUACUGCCCAUCUGACAAAUACAUGCCUCCAGUCUGAAGCUGCAGGUUCAACCGGUCCGGCGGAAGAACUCGUCAAGCUUUACUGGGAGCUGAAAGGCCAGACGGCGCUGGAUCAGGAAGGUUCGGCUCAGGGGAAGAUUACGGAAGAGUGGCUCGAGUCUACGUUUGAGACCGUGGGCAGAGUUGUGGCUGAGACGGUCACCGCUGCGGUAAAUUGCGGUAGUUUCGGUUUACAACUGCUACCGAAUGCCUUCGAGAUAUUUGGUGUAGAUCUGUUGCUAUCAUUCCCACCAAGUAGCGAACCGAAGGGAACGGACCUACCCGCUCCAACCGUCACGCUCCUAGAAUUCAACGCUUCGCCCGACUUCUUCCAAUCUGGAGAACGUCUGAAGUACGAAUUAGGCAACAUGUUCAAGGACGUUUGCCGACUAGUCAUCGCACCGUUCUUUGAUCUCGAUUUGAUUUCCGACGAAGACGACGAAUCAGAGAGUGACCAACCGAAGACGCCUAGCCAGGCAGACGCAUGGGUGCUCAUCGGCGAAGAAAAGACAAGAGGUGAAUGGUAAUUACUGUAUCGUAUCGUCAUAUUUCGUGUAGAGGGGCGUCACAAGUUGUCAUUAAGUUACAUCGUCAAUUUGAUACCCGCUGCCUUGAACAGCCGC